UACAACCUCGUAGUGAUGAACUACCCAGCCCAGUGGAUGCAAGAUUUUUACAACCAGACCUAUCACAAGAGGAACAAUAUCAACAUAGACCGAGGCCUGCUCAUGUUCUUGUGGGGGCUCACGGUUACGUUCUUCCCAAUCGGAGGCCUGAUUGGGACCCUUUUGGCUCGGCCCUUGGCGGAUCAUUGCGGCAGGAAACACAUCUUGCUGGUAAAUAACGCCUUUUCCAUAGUCGCUGCUGUCCUCAGCUGUUGCUCCAAAGCAGUGCAUUCCUAUGAACUGGUCAUCUUUGCACGCCUGCUCAUUGGGAUAUGUGCAGGCAUAGCCUGCAACGUUGUCCCCAUGUACCUUGGAGAGAUGUCCCCUCACAACCUGCGAGGAGCUGUCAUCGUGGUGGCUCAUUUCUUCAUCACCUUCGGCAUCUUGGUGGGCCAGGCCCUCAGUCUCCACAAUGUCCUUGGAACCAGGAAAGGCUGGCCGAUGCUGUUAUUCUUCACUGGCAUUCCAGCAUUAUUUCAAUUAUCUCUGCUGCCUCAGUUCCCUGAGAGUCCCAGAUAUCUACUGAUACAGAAGGGAGAUGAAGAGGAAGCAAGGAAAGCUUUGCGGGAGGUGAGACAGCGCGAGGAUGUGGAGGACGAGAUCGAAGAGCUGAAAAUGGAGGAUGAUUUUGAAAAGCCGGAAAAACAGAUGUCCAUGUGUAAGCUUGUGCUUUGCUUAAAUCAACACCCGCAACUCCUUUCCAUCGUCGUCAUGACACUCAGCCAGCAUCUCUCUGGUCUCAACACAAUACAUUAUUAUGCAGAGAAAAUCUACCUCUCUACGGGGGUACAAGAGGACUACGUAAGGUACAUCUCUAUGAUGAUAAGCGGAGCGGUCAUCUUCAUCACCAUAAUAACGAUUUUUGUUGUCGAUUCUUCGGGGCGAAGGGUGCUACUUCUCACCGGAUUUGGAAUAUGCAGCGUCAGCUGCAUUCUGCUAGCCAUGGCCCUAGAACUUCAGAGCAAUCUUGCUUGGAUGUCCUACUUCAGCACCGCUUUCAUCAUUGUCUAUGUGAUCGGCCACUCCAUCGGGCCCAGUCCCAUUCCCCGAGUGAUGAUUGCAGAUAUGUUCCUUCAGUCGUCGCGAGCCUCUGCUUUCAUGGUUGGGGAAACUGUGCAUUGGGUCAUCCACUUCCUUUUGGACAUGCUGUUUCUUCACAUUAAGGUUGGUAUCGAGCCGUACAGCUUUAUCGUCCUCUUCCUCAUCUGCAUGUUCACCUAUACUUACAUCUUCAAAAUGGUCCCAGAAACCAAGAAAAAGAGCUUUGUGGAGAUCAGGAAGGUUAUGAACCAUCACGUGGGUCAGAGCAGCCCGAUGAAGAUGUGAGCAGGGAAAUAGCAACUUGGGGGAUUCUCAGCCUGCUUCAGAGAAGGGAACGGGUGAAAGAAAAUGGCAAGAGAAACUAAAAUGGGAUCCUCCAACUGUUUUGACAUGCAUCGGUGAUAGCAGUUGCUCUUCUUCACCUGGCUGUCUUUUUGUAUGCAGGUGUUUGCACUCACCUGUUGCGAAAGGGGGGCUGUCAAGAAAUCCAAAGAUUUCCACUCCUUCCACUCCUGGGAGUGCACUGUGUGAAUAUUGGCGAUCACUGUUUUGCUUGUAUAAAGGUUCUUGACCAUCUCAAGCUACCUUAGAUGGA